AUGAAGAUCAAGACGCUCAGUCGUCCUGCGGCGCCUCCGGGCGAGGCUGCCCCAAAGCAGCCACGCAAUCUCGACCCUGCCGCUCACCCAUUCGAACGCGCUCGCGAGUACACGAGAGCAUUGAACGCAGUAAAGAUGGAGAGGAUGUUCGCCGCGCCUUUUAUUGCUCAGCUAGGCGACGGCCAUGUCGACGGUGUAUACAGCAUGGCGAGAGAUCCUGGGUCACUCGAAAGAUUUGCAAGCGGGAGUGGCGAUGGCGGGGUGAAAGUUUGGGAUCUGCCUAGCAGAGAUCAGGUUUGGUCGGCAAAGGCCCACGAUAAUAUCGUGAAAGGAAUUUGCUGGACACCUGAGCGGAAACUAGUGUCCUGCGCCACGGAUAGGACUGUCAAGAUAUGGGACCCCUACAAUGGCGAGACCAAGGGUAGGCCGAUAGGCACAUACCUAGGCCAAGGUGCUUUUACCGAUAUCUCCCAUCACCGCGAAAAACCUGCGGUGGCCGUUUCUUCGAGUUCGAUCUCAAUAUACGAUCUCUCAAGGCCGACAUCCGGACCGACACAAACGCUACAAUGGCCCACUUCGACCGACACCAUCACAGCUGUCUCCUUCAACCAGACGGAGACGUCCAUUCUCGCAUCAGCCGCUCUCGAUCGGGCUAUUUGUCUGUACGAUCUUCGCACGUCUUUACCAGUUGCCAAGACUAUUCUCACACUAUCCUCCAACGCGAUUUCAUGGAAUCCGAUGGAGGCGUUCAAUUUUGCUGUCGCCAACGAAGAUCACAACGUGUAUAUUUUCGACUCGAGAAGAAUGGAUCGGGCCUUGAACGUGCUCAAAGACCAUGUUGCGGCCGUCAUGGAUGUGCAAUUUAGUCCCACCGGCGAGCAGUUGGUCAGUGCCUCAUACGAUCGCACGAUCAGGAUUUGGAACAGAAGCCGUGGGAGAAGUGAUGAUGUCUACCACACGAAGAGAAUGCAACGCGUGUUCUCUGCCAAAUUCACGCCAGAUAAUAACUACGUCUUGUCGGGAUCUGAUGAUGGUAAUGUCAGGAUGUGGCGUGCCAAUGCCUCCGACCGCUCUGGAAUCAAGAGCGCAAGACAGCGACAGAAGCUCGAGUAUGACCAAGCCCUAAUCCGUCGGUAUGCUCAUAUGCCAGAAUUGAAGCGCAUUAAGCGGCAUCGACACCUGCCGAAGACGGUCAAGAAAGCGAGUGAGAUCAAAGGGGAGGAAAUCAAGGCCAUCAAGAGGAGAGAGGAAAAUGUACGAAAGCACAGUAAGAAGGGUAGUAUGCCUCGUGUGUCGGAACGGCAGAAGAUGGUCCUUGCGAAAGAGAAGUGA